AUGGAGAUCGACACCGAGAUCAGCCGCAAGAUCCGGAGUGCCAUUAAGGGGAAAUUGCAAGAAUUAGGAGCUUACGUUGAUGAAGAACUUCCUGAUUACAUUAUGGUGAUGGUGGCCAACAAGAAAAGUCAGGACCAAAUGACAGAGGACCUGUCCCUGUUUCUAGGGAACAACACAAUUCGAUUCACCAUAUGGCUUCAUGGUGUAUUAGAUAAACUUCGCUCUGUUACAACUGAACCCACUAGUCUAAAGUCUUCUGAUACCAACAUCUUCGAUAGUAACGUGCCUUCAAACAAGAGCAGUUUCAGUCGGGGAGAUGAGAGAAGGCACGAAGCUGCAGUAUCUCCCCUUGCCAUUUCUAGCAGUAGACCUGAAAAAAGAGAUUCCAGGGUUUCUGCAGGUUCACAGGAGCAGAAAACCACUAAUACCAGACAGACUUAUGAUAAAGGAGCUGCAACCCGACUAAUGUCAACAGUGAAACCUCUGAGGGAGCCAGCACCCUCUGAAGAUGUGAUUGAUAUUAAGCCAGAACCAGAUGAUCUCAUUGAUGAAGACCUCAAUUUUGUGCAGGAGAAUCCCUUAUCUCAGAAAAAACCUACAGUGACACUUACUUAUGGUUCUUCUCGCCCUUCCAUUGAAAUUUAUUGACCACCUGCAAGUCGAAAUGUAGAUAGUGGUGCUCAUUUAAACAGGUUGCAGUUUCAGCAGCAGCAAAACAGUAUUCAUGCUGCCAAGCAACUUGAUGUACAGAACAACCGGGUGUAUGAAACAGGACAUUUGUGUGAACCAGAAGUGCUUAACAAUUUAGAAGAGACUUAUAGUCCCUUCUUCAGAAACAACUCAGAAAAAAUGAGUAUUGAGGAUGAAAACUUUCAGAAGAGAAAGUUGCCUGUGGUGAGUUCAGUUGUUAAAGUAAAAAAGUUCAAUCACGAUGGAGAAGAGGAGGAGGAAGAUGAUGAUUAUGGCUCCCGAACAGGAAGCGUGUCCAGCAGUGUAUCUGUGCCAGCAAAGCCUGAAAGGAGACCUUCUCUUCCACCUUCUAAACAAGCCAACAAGAAUCUAAUUUUGAAGGCUAUAUCUGAAGCUCAAGAAUCAGUAACAAAAACAACUAACUAUUCUGCUGUCCCACAGAAACAGACACUUCCAGUUGCUCCAAGAACUCAAACUUCUCAGGAAGAAUUGUUAGCAGAAGUAGUCCAGGGGCAAAGCAGGACCUCCAGAAUAAGUUCCCCCAUUAAAGAAGAGGAAGCAAAAGGAGAUAAUAUAGAAAAUCAAGGAACUCAACAGAGGCAAUUAUUAUCCCGACUGCAAAUUGACCCAGUAAUGGCAGAAACACUGCAGAUCAGUCAAGCUGAGAUGAGUGAACUGAGUGUGGUACAAAAACCAGAAAAGAUUUUGGAGCGCUGCAAGUACUGGACUGCUUGUAAAAAUGGGGAUGAAUGUGCAUACCAUCAUCCGAUUUCACCUUGCAAAGCCUUCCCCAGUUGUAAAUUUGCUGAAAAAUGUUUGUUUGUUCAUCCAAAUUGUAAAUUUGAUGCAAAGUGUACUAAGCCAGAUUGUCCCUUUACUCAUAUGAGUAGAAGAAUUCCAGUACUGCCUCCAAAACCAGUUACAACACCAACACCAUCUUCUAGUAGUCAGCUCUGCCGUUACUUCCCAGCAUGUAAGAAAAUGGAUUGUCCCUUCUACCAUCCAAAACACUGUAGAUUUAACACUCAGUGUACAAGACCGGACUGUACAUUCUAUCAUCCCACCAUUACUGUACCACCAAGACAUGCCUUGAAAUGGAUUCGACCUCAAACCAGUGAAUGACGCCCAGUCCUAUCUGGUGGAAGAUCAUGCAGUUUGAAAGGUUCCAUCUACUGAUGAAAGAUAAUUCUACAGAAUUUGUCGAAUCUUUGAAACUUGGAAUAUAUUGCUUUCAUAACAUGAAGUUUAUUGUCUAUC